CCCGAGCGUGCCCCCGGGAGGGGCCGCGCUGCGGGUGUGGACUGUGGGUGUCCGGUCAAGGGUCGUUCCCUGCCUGGGCCCGUGCGGGGCAGGAGCAGGGGAGCAGGUUUCCAGGGGCUGGGGUUGAGGAGCCGAGGGGAACGUUUUGUAUAGCGGCGCCCGCAGUUCAGUGGUUGGAAACUGUAGAUUUGAAUAUGCUGGGCAUUCACGUCGGAACCCACCUGCGACUUUCCAGGCUUUGACCCCGGGGGCUGCUCCUGGCGUCUGAAGGCCUCCGAACGGAGAUUGGGUUUUGGACUGCAGGCCCUGUUCCUCCUCCCUCUCCUGGCCCCUCAGCCCCAGGGAGCCGGGCUUCUCCAGUGGCCUGGGAAUGCGGUGGCUUUAACAGCUGCGGACUUUGCCAGAGCCCCCCUUAGCUCUGCCUGAGAGCAACUCUUGUCAACAUGUUGAGCUGCCUCUUCUCCCUGAAGACCCUGCUUGUUCUUGGGUUCCUGGCAUCCUGGGUGACUGCAGGAGAGCAUGUGAAAGAAGGAGAAUGUCCUCCUGACGAGAACCCAUGCAAAGACCUGUGCCAGGGGGAUGAAUGGUGUCCAGCUGGGCAGAAGUGCUGCAGCACAGGCUGUGGUCGGGUCUGCCAAGGAGGCAUUCCUGAGGGGAGGAAAGGAGAGUGUCCCGGGGUUGUCCAGAAUCCAUCCUGUUUUAAAAAUUGUGUCAACGAUGAGUCAUGUCUGGGUAUAACGAAAUGCUGUACGUUUGGCUGCAACGCGAGCUGUGUAGCCCCAAUGUCUAAAGAGAAGCUGGAGUUUGGCGGUGAGUGCCCUGCCGACCCCCUUCCGUGUGAGGAGUUGUGUGAUGAGGACGCGUCCUGUCCCGAGGGGCAUAAAUGCUGCAGCACCGGCUGUGGCCACAGCUGCCGUGGAGACAUUAAGGGAGGGCGGAACGGCAAUUGUCCAAAAAUCUUGGUGGGCCUGUGCAUUAUCGGUUGCGUGACAGAUGAGAACUGCCAAGCUGGGGAGAGAUGCUGUAAGUCAGGCUGUGGCCGCUUCUGUGUCCCUACAGUUCUGCCAACCAAACUGGCCAUGCCUCCCACUGGCUCAUCAGGCCUAAUUCUGAAUUAGAUAUCCUGGUGCCCUGACUGACUUGAUGUGUCCUGAAAUGCUUUGGUGAUUCCAGGGAGCUUGUCCUGAUGGGCCAGGAUGGGUGAAGCACCCAGGGUGUCUCGUUGCCCUCUCUGCUCCACUUCUGCUGCUGCUGUUGCCCUAAGCAUAGGAAACAUGGCCCCAGGGGUGUAGAGUGGGUGUGUGGGCUUCUUUUACCUGAUAAAGGCUGGU